GGGGGGGUCCCUUACUGGGACCCCCGGGCACAGGGGUGCGAGUUUUCUUUGCGCUGCCCAGCCUGGGGAGGGGAAGAGCUGGUGCCUGAGGCUGUGUCCCCUGUCCCUUUCUGUCCCUGCGCCCAGAACACGCUGAAGAGCACCGUCCCGGAGCUGACACGGCAUUUAACCCAGCUGCAGCAACACAGCGGUGAGCAGGAGGCCAAGGUGGUGCAGCUGCAAGAGGACAUCAGGGAGCUCAAGGAGAGGCUGGAACAGCAGCAGCAGCAGCUGAAGGAGGCGCAGAAGGGCAGGAGCAGUCUCCAGUCGCAGAUCUGGAACGCGCUGUCAGAGAUCCAGUCCGUACAGCGCUGGCACUCGAGUGGGACCAGCGUGACGUUCCCUGGCGUGGCCGCACCCCUCGUCCUCCUGGCUCUGCUCUUCGUAGGGACGCUGCUGCUUUGAGCACGGAGCUGCGAGAACAUGGACCUGGCUCGUCCCCGUCUGCCCCCGCGGGGCAAGGAGGGACGGUUCCCAUCCUGCUGGGAUGGGGCUGGGGGUGGCAGCUCACGCAGUGCCUGGGUUGGGAGCUCCCACCAUGGGGACGUCGUGUGGGGACAUCCUGGGGAGACGUUCUGCAAAAUUCUGUCCCUUGUGCUAUGGCCGGGGUGGGACGGGGAUAGGGCAAAGGCAGGGGACAGAGACCUUGGCACUGCCCCGGGGCUGCCGUUAAGCAAGGGGUUCACAAGUACUGCGCAGUUAGGUGGCUUUGAGACAAUUUCUAAUAAAACCACAUGAAAAUCCAGAGUGUUUUGCUGCUCCAGCAUCAGGACAGCCCCCCUGGCAUGGUGUGGGUUUGUCCCGGCUGAUUUUACCCACGGCCGGGGCCGAGCAUCCUCCCACGCGCUGCACAAACCAAGCCCGCGAUGGGCUGUGACCUGCAAGAAACCACAGCCCAAAGCGGCGCUGGGUGAGAAAACCCACGGGCAGCACCCAGAGCAACCCGGGCACACCCCGGGCGGCCACGAGCGUCCCCGUCCCCCUCCCCGGCAUGGACCCCGCGGUGCCCAAAGCCACGCUGAAGGUGCUGGGGCUGUGCGCGGCGCUGCUGGUGCUGGUGGCGGCGGUGACAGUCUCGGUGGCCGUGCUGCUGUGGCGCUCGGAGGCUCUGGGGAUGCUGCGGGGCUGCCGGGAGCGGGCGGCCAACGAGAGCCGGGUGCUGGAGCUGCGCCUGGCCGAGCUGGAGCAGGAUCGUGCCCGGCUGCAGCGCGCCGCGGCCGAGAGCGCGCGGGCAGAGGAUGCUCGGCGCCGGGAGCUCGCCCAAGCACGCCAGGAGGGCGAGAAGCUCAAUUCCAGCUUGGCGUCCUGCCGGGAGCGGGCGGCCAGGCUGGAGGCCAAUGCGACGGCGCUGCGGGACGAGGCGCUGGCGCUGCGGCGCGAGCGGGCUGAGCUGGCCCGCAGGAACACGGCCCUGCAAGAGGAGCUGGCGCAGGGCACGGAGCAGGCGAAGGGGCUGCGGCGGCAGCUGGAGGAGGCGGAGGAGCAGCGGCGAGCGCUGAGGGCACGCGGGGAGAAGUGUGAGGCUCGGCAGAAAGAGCUCGAGAAAACCCUGAGGGACUACGCGGCCGAGGCGGAGGCGCUGCGACGGCGGCGGGUGGGGUCCCGCACGGCCAAGCGCAGGUGCCCCCCUUCCCGGAAGGGCUGAAGCCCCGCAGCAUCCUUCCUGCCCCCCCCUUUUACCACCCCACCGACCACGCUUGGGUACGGCACCGCCACCGCGCCAGCACAUCCUCGACCCCCCCCUCCCCGCACCCACCUGCCGAAGCGGGGUGCCGGGGGGUGCCGGGGCCGAGCCCCAUCAUUCCCAGUCCCACAGCGCCCCUUAGCACUGGGACCCAGCAGCAGCUCAGCCCCGCUGCGCCGGGCAGCAUCAGAGCGGAGCCGUCGGAGGAAGACCACCGGCGCUGCCCUCGCCCGCGUCCCCCCGCCCCGCGGGCACCCAGGGACCGGGCUUGGGCAUUUUCGGGUGCUGGGAAGCCUUUGCUGGCCACCACCUGCUUAUCACGGCUGAUUUAUGGAAGCAGGUUCACGUCCCGAGGUUAUCCAAAAGGGUUUAUUGAUCAUUAACUCUUUAUCUGCGGAUUAAACAGAAGUG